UCGGCCGCGAUGCUCCUUACUUUCGGCUCCAGCUCCAGCCGCCGCCGCCUCCUGGAUCGCCACCGCCACCUCCUCCUCCUCCUCCUCCUCUGCCUCGUAGCGUUCUUUUCUGCGGCGGAGGAGAGAAGUGCUAUGUCAGGAAAGUUCCGGGAGGGACUGGAUGGGGCCAUGCUCCCUGGGCUCCUGUGCAGGCGCCCGCGCGCAGCUCUUUGUAUGAGCAAUCAAGAGAGAAUGUUACCAGCAUCCCAGGAACCCCCCAGAACCUCCCAGAAGCCGUUUCCAGUCAUUACUCCCACUCUUUUCCAAAGUGAGACUGAACACUGUUUCCAGCAACGGCAAAAGGACUCCUGUGGAAGAUGGAGCUCUUUGUCCGUUUUCCAGAAUGUGUUUCCAAGCCCAUCCAUGAACCAUGAUACUGCUGCUCUGUGUUGAAAUUCUUGAAGAACCCCCACAUGUCGGCUGCCGCCUUCCAUCCUACUGAAACCAUGGUCUUCUCUGCAGUGCUGACUGAGUCCCAUACUGGGGCAACCAACACGACGUUCGUAGUCUUUGAAAACAUGUACAUGAAUAUUACAGCCCCUCCACCAUUCCAGCAUCCCGACAUCAGUCCGCUGCUUAGAUACAGUUUUGAAACUCUGGCUCCCACUGGGAUGAAUUCCUUGACAGUGAAUAGCACAGCUGUGCCCCCAACACCAGCAGUUUUUAAGAGCCUAAACUUGCCUCUCCAGAUCAUCCUUUCUGCUAUUAUGAUAUUUAUUCUGUUCGUGUCUUUUCUUGGGAACUUGGUCGUUUGCCUCAUGGUUUACCAAAAAGCUGCCAUGCGAUCUGCCAUUAACAUCCUCCUGGCCAGCCUGGCGUUUGCAGACAUGUCGCUUACAGUGCUCAACAUGCCCUUUGCCUUGGUAACUAUUCUUACUACCAGAUGGAUUUUCGGGAAAUUCUUCUGUAGGGUAUCUGCUAUGUUUUUCUGGUUGUUCGUGAUAGAGGGAGUGGCCAUCCUGCUCAUCAUUAGCAUUGAUAGGUUCCUUAUUAUAGUCCAGAGGCAGGAUAAGCUAAAUCCAUAUAGGGCUAAGGUUCUAAUUGCAGUUUCCUGGGCGACUUCCUUUUGUAUAGCUUUUCCUCUGGCUGUAGGAAACCCUGACCUGCAGAUACCUUCCAGAGCGCCUCAGUGCGUGUUUGGGUACACAACCAAUCCGGGUUACCAGGCUUACGUGAUUUUGAUUUCUCUCAUUUCUUUCUUCAUACCCUUCCUGGUGAUACUGUAUUCGUUUAUGGGCAUCCUCAACACUCUUCGGCACAACGCCUUGAGGAUCCAUAGCUACCCUGAGGGUAUAUGCCUCAGCCAGGCCAGCAAACUGGGUCUCAUGAGUCUUCAGAGACCCUUCCAGAUGAGCAUUGACAUGGGCUUUAAAACGCGUGCCUUCACCACCAUCUUGAUUCUCUUUGCUGUCUUCAUCGUCUGCUGGGCCCCCUUCACCACUUACAGCCUUGUGGCAACGUUCAGUGAACACUUUUACUAUAAGCACAACUUUUUUGAGAUUAGCACCUGGCUGCUCUGGCUCUGCUACCUCAAGUCUGCCUUGAACCCACUGAUUUACUACUGGAGGAUUAAGAAAUUCCACGACGCCUGCCUGGACAUGAUGCCCAAGUCCUUCAAGUUUUUGCCACGGCUCCCUGGUCACACAAGACGCCGGAUCCGCCCCAGUGCUGUCUACGUGUGUGGGGAACAUCGGACUGUGGUGUGACUGUUGGAACCGCCUGACAUUUGGGGUGAUGGUUGUUCUGUAUUUGACUGAAGUCUUCUUUCACGUGGCUUUUCCACGUGUACUUUACUGUUUUUUUAUAGGGUUUGUGUGUAGGUGUGUGUGUGUGGUGUAAAGAAAGAAUGGUGGUUAGUUGUAAUUCUGUUACCAAGGAUACACAAUAGGGAAGUGAUCACAAAUGUUACCUCCAGGGUUCAAGAGAAAUCUUCGAUUUAGGAUGGGGAGAUGGUUUUUUGUUUCUCUGAUUGAUUUUGUUUUUGAGGUAGAAAUCAGGAUUGUGCUUUACUGAGCCUGCAGUUGCGUUGAAUUGUAGGUGUUUUGUAUGCUGCUAAGGAAUGCUUAGUUUAUCAGUUCUCUUUUUCUGGAAGACACUGCUGCUUUUUGCCAUUACAUUGGAGCCAAAAACCACAUACAUCUCAGUUGCUAAAUAUUUACUUUUAUUGAAAAAAGAAAAACCCAAGAGGGUUAGUGACAUUUUAAAGGUCAUUAAUAUUUUCUUUGGUGCACUUUAAGAAACAAUGUACAAAUGAAUUUAGUCAUGUUUUUCAGAAUUGUUUUUGUACAUGACAUGUUGUGCUUUGGGAAACAUGGCAUUAUCAUUUCUAGGAAGAUAGUUUUUAAAAAGUGCUUUAUCUGCAUAUACAGUUUUAAAGGAGAGAACAUAAAAAUGUAGAAAUUUUUCUAAGCACAAUAGCGAUUCUUUAGAGCAAUAGGGCAAAGUCAAGGAGACAGAUUACUCUGGCAAGUCUAAGUGGGAUGCAGUGAGGGGUGGCUGGUGUGGGCUCUAGGGAUUCCUUUGACUCAAGGAUUCUCACUGAGUCCAGUGGGAGGAGGGUACCAUUCAUUGGACACCUACCAUGUGCCAGCACUGUGCAUCAUUUUAUCCUCACAGCAUCCUGUGAGGUAGGUAUUAUCUUUUACUUUUUACAGAUGAAGAAAGCAAGUCUCAGAGAGAGCGAAAUCUUACUCAAGGUUGGGAGUAGAGCUGGGAUCCAAGAAAAUCUGUCCUGAGAUUUUUUGAGUCCUGAGACUGUGCUGUUCUACUGUGCCACCUUGACACCUCAUUCAGGUUUAGAUGUUUCAUAGUCAAAAGAAAACUCUGUGUAUCCUUUAGUUUUUUUAGACUAAAACCUUCCUUUCAAAAAUAGCUUCAUUUUUUUUUUUUGAGGAAGAUCAGCCCUGAGCUAACAUCUGCCACCAAUCCUCCUCUUUUUGCUGAGGAAGACUGGCCCUGA